AUACACCUGUUUCCAUCUACGUUCGCAUCUCGUGCCGUUUGCAUCGAAUCGCAAACCGCCUGCUUCGAAUCGCAUGCCACUACGAUCGAAUGCGUGCACCCAUGGUUGAAUCGCGUGCCAGUACGGUUGAAUCGCGUUCCACUAUGGUCGAAUCAUAUGCCACUACGAUCGAAUCGUGUGCCGCUACCAUUGGAUUUCUGAAAGCAAGAGCAUAGUAAACUGUUUGUUUACGUUUGCAAGCUAUAUCUUUCUACGCCGACGGCAUUUCAUUUGUAAAAUACUAAUAAAAGGGCUUUAUUCUCUGAUUAUAGGUAAACCCCACGAAUAUUGGUUGAAACCAAGGAUUUUACCAUCAACAACGAACACCGAAUAUUAGUUGAACACAAGGAUUUUACCAUCAACAAGGGACCACGAUAUUCGUCGAUAACAAGGAUUUUAUGUGUAAUCAGUAAAUAAAUCCCUUUUAUUAGUAUUUUACAAAUGAAAUGCCGUCGGCGAAGAAAGAUAUAGCUUGCAAACGUAAACAAACAGUUUACUAUGCUCUUGCUUUCAGAAAUCCAAUGGUAGCGGCACACGAUGCGUACCAUGCAGCUGAACGGGCGUGUAAGCGGCGUUUUGAGGAGGUGGAGAGGGAAUUCCGUCGUGCCCGGCAACCGGAGCUGCCGACUGUGGAAAACCAAGCCGAUGAUGCUGAACCAUCGUACAUGGAGCCCGGUCCGAGCUGUUUUACAGACGAUGCUGCUCCGCUUAGCGACAGCGAGGAGGACAGCAUGGCCGAUGCAAGCAGCGGGGCAGAAAGUGACGACGUCGAAGACAUCCAGGUCGAGGUGCAAACGCCGGACCAACCGUACCAAGACCUUUCGUGCGAGGAAGGUUUGCGGCUGUGGGCCCUGCAAACUGGGCAAGCUCAUCGUAGCUUGAACCAUUUGCUGGGCCAUUUGCGGCAGCAUUUUCCCAACGCCAGAUUGCCCAAGGAUGCUCGGACGUUAAUGAACACGCCCGCGUCCAGAGCACCGGAGACAGCCAUUACGCCUAUCGCAGGGAGGACGCUGUGGUACCAGGGUGUGGGGAAAUGCCUUCUUUCGUACUUUCGUGAUGUUCAGCCAACCCAGGAGGGGUUUGAGUUGAUUUUUUUUGUGGACGGCCUGCCGCUGUACAAAAGCAGCCGGUCCCAAUUCUGGCCCAUCCUGAUGCAGGUCCACAACGUGCCAAAUACUCCGGUGAUGACGGUUGCGAUUUUUUGUGGCGAAUCGAAACCGUUAAUCCUGGAGGAGUUUUUGGAUCAGGUCGUGGACGAAAUGAACCACCUUUUUAUGAACGGCCUGGUUAUUGGAACCCGCUUUUACUGGGUAGCACCUACCACCGCGCAAAAUGGGCACUGGCCGACUAAUUUCUUUAAAGGUUUGUGGCAGCCUAUGGAGAUUUGUACAGUCCAGUGCUUAUGAAUAGCAACGUGCAUAACCUGCUGCACGUGUACGAGGACGUGCGCAGGUUUGAGGGUUUAAAAACCAUAUCGGCCUUCAUUUUGAGGCAUUUUUGCACGACCUCAAAAAGUUGGUACAUUCCGGGAGGCACAGCCUAGUCCAAGCGGUCCAUCGUUUGCUGGAACUGCAACAUAUUAAUGUUGCCAAGCGCCAGCAAAACCAACGAAAGGUGGACGAGCAAUCGGUGCGGACGGUUGGUGUCUACACCAUAGCGACCGUACGGGAGGGCUUCACGCUGCGGCCAAGUUUCCGCGACCAGUGGUGUAUGGCCAACUCGGGCGAGGUGGUCCGGUACGAAACGGCCACAAAAACGAAGGGAAAUCAGCUACUUGGUUUAAUUACGCGGACCUGUAGCGAGUUUACCGAUCCCAUGUGCGUCAAGUCGAUCUCCUUGCCAUCGUAAGGUCGUGCCUGGAGUACUGCUGUCCGAUAUGGUGCCCGCUCGGCGUUGGUGACAUCAAUCGCCUCGAAGCCAUUCAACGCAGACUCACCAGGUACGCGGUUCGACUCCUUCCAUGGCAAUCCCACCACGCUCGGCCCACCUAUCAUCAGCGGUGUCUGCUUCUCGGACUUGAACCACUCUGCUCUCGACGUAAAAACGCCCAAUGCCUUUUCAUAUUCCGGCUCCUUAACGGAGAGAUCGAUUCCCCGGCAUUACUAGCCAGCAUCAAUUUGUUCGCUCCCUGUCGGAUUCUUAGAUCUAAUUUCCAUCUCCGUGUACCGCGUACCCGCAACAACCAUAGCCAGGGACACCCCAUUAUACGUAUGUCCCUCGAGUUCAAUGAAGUGUUAGAUUUGUUCGAUUUCAGUAUGUCUACUUCUACGUUCAAGGAGAAAUUGCGUCUACGUCACAUUUAAUGUUAGCUUAUAACUAGAGGUCUAUUUAUAUGUUAUAAAUGAUCAUUGUUAUACAUAUCUUAAUUUAAUUAUAAGGUUGCCGAUUAGACACAAUGGUC